AUGCAAAACAUCUUAUCUCGUGAUUGGGACGGGACCGGGAAAAAAACACAGGGAGUGGGCGGUAGGGGGAGGGAGGCGUACGUGCGACGGUUCCCCACAUGCCCUCUAAUCCCUGUGCUGGUGGACUGUCAGGUCCUGAGUGAGAGCCAGAGCGAGGACGGCUCUGUGCUGCAGACCGAGAGACGCUGCACCAUCGACAUAGAGAUCCCCAGACUGCUGAAAAGGAUUACAGGUCUGGAUUACCUAUACUUCAUUCAGAAGAACACCCUAAACCGCAGAGACAGGACUCUGGACAUACGGAUCCACAAUGAGACCUUCUCCAGCAGAGUCCUGGUCCGGGAGCACUGCAGGUACACGGUUCAUCCUGAGAAUGAAAACUGGACAUGCUAUGAGCAGACCGCCAGCAUGGACAUCAAGUCGUUCUUUGGCUUUGAGAGCACUGCAGAGAAAAUAGUGGGCAAACAGUAUGCCAGCAAUAUUAAAAAGGGUAAAGAGAUUAUCGAGUACUACCUCACAGAGAUGGAGCAGGAGGGCAUUACGUUUAUACCCCGCUGGACACCCCCUGCCCUCUCCUCCCCCACAGCAGCCAUCCCAGUGACCUUUCCCCGAGACCCACCCAGCUCCUGCCCCACUGAGCUCGCUGGCUCCCCCGAUGACAAGCUGGAUGCCGACUACAUCAGGCGUUACCUAGGCGAUUUAACACCUCUGCAGGAGAGCUGUCUCAUCCGACUGCGCCAGUGGCUCCAGGACUGCCACAAGGGAAAGAGAUGGGAGCGGGGUCGCCAGUACAGGAAGCGCAUGCUAGAACUAUUGGACAUAUUUUUAGUGAUUGUUGAAUCUGAAAUGAUGACCUUUUGA